AAAUGGGGAGAGAAGAGUGAACCCUACUCCCUAUACUGUCUGUGGUUUUUCUCUUCUUCUCUUCCUCCCCCGCAAUUAUUCGUGUCUUUCUGUCCUUUCCUGUCAUGGCCCACAUCCCUGCCUGGCUCCCAAUCAUUCCCUUUUCCAUGUUCCUCUCUUUGUGCUGCCUACUUCAUUUAUUUGGUAAUCAUUUGUUGAGGACUCCGCUCUGCACCCCACCACCACCACUUCUCCCUGUCACCUCUCCUCGUUGCCACCUGCUGCUGUGUUGUACCCUCUUCUUCCUCACUCUGUGCCCUGCCUUCUCUGUGUUGUCCACCUCUUUCCCGCUUGGUACUGCCCAACACAUCCCCUUGUUCCACGUUGUUGCCCCGCCUCCCGCCCGCUCUCAGGUCUCAGCGGCGGUGGCAGCCGAGGUGCAGGAUGCGAGAAGGCGCCCCCCGGCCGGGCUCCCGCUCCAGGCCUCACUCCCCUGCGGCCCUCUGAGCCCACCAUGGCCGUCCCACCGGGCCAUGGUCCCUUCUCUGGCUUCCCGGGGCCCCAGGAGCACACGCAGGUAUUGCCUGAUGGACGGAUACUGCCGCGGAGGCUGCCCCUGGCCUUCCGAGACGCGACCUCAGCCCCGCUGCGCAAGCUCUCCGUGGACCUCAUCAAGACCUACAAGCACAUCAAUGAGGUAUACUAUGCGAAGAAGAAGCGGCGGGCCCAGCAGGUGCCACCUCAGGACUCGAGCACCAAGAAGGAGAAAAAGGUCCUGAACCACGGUUAUGACGAUGACAACCACGACUACAUCGUGCGCAGUGGCGAGCGCUGGCUGGAGCGCUAUGAGAUUGACUCCCUCAUUGGCAAAGGCUCCUUUGGCCAGGUGGUGAAAGCCUAUGAUCAUCAGACCCAGGAGCUGGUGGCCAUCAAGAUCAUCAAGAACAAAAAGGCCUUCCUGAACCAGGCCCAGAUUGAGCUGCGGCUGCUGGAGCUGAUGAACCAGCAUGACACAGAGAUGAAGUACUAUAUAGUGCACCUGAAGCGGCACUUCAUGUUCCGGAAUCACCUGUGCCUGGUGUUUGAGCUGCUUUCCUACAACCUAUACGACCUCCUGCGCAACACGCACUUCCGUGGCGUCUCGCUGAACCUGACGCGGAAGCUAGCGCAGCAGCUCUGCACGGCGCUGCUCUUCCUGGCCACGCCCGAGCUCAGCAUCAUUCACUGCGACCUCAAGCCCGAGAACAUCCUGCUCUGCAACCCUAAGCGCAGCGCCAUCAAAAUCGUGGACUUCGGCAGCUCCUGCCAGCUUGGCCAGCGGAUCUACCAGUACAUCCAGAGCCGUUUCUACCGUUCGCCCGAGGUGCUCCUGGGCACACCCUACGACUUGGCCAUUGACAUGUGGUCCCUGGGCUGCAUCCUGGUGGAGAUGCACACUGGAGAGCCCCUCUUCAGUGGCUCCAACGAGGUGGACCAGAUGAACCGGAUUGUGGAGGUGCUGGGCAUCCCACCAGCCCCCAUGCUGGACCAGGCACCCAAGGCUCGAAAGUACUUUGAGCGGCUGCCUGGGGGUGGCUGGACCCUGCGAAGGACAAAGGAACUCAGGAAGGAUUACCAGGGCCCCGGGACACGGCGGCUGCAGGAGGACCUGGUGCUGCGCAUGCUGGAGUAUGAGCCCGCCGCCCGCAUCAGCCCACUGGGGGCUCUGCAGCAUGGCUUCUUCCGCCGCACGGCUGAUGAGGCCACCAACACGGGCCCGGCAGGCAGCAGUGCCUCCACCUCGCCCGCGCCCCUCGAUACCUGCCCCUCUUCCAGCACCGCCAGCUCCAUCUCCAGCUCUGGAGGCUCCAGUGGCUCCUCCAGUGACAACCGGACCUACCGCUAUAGCAACCGAUAUUGUGGGGGCCCUGGGCCCCCCAUCACUGACUGUGAGAUGAACAGCCCCCAGGUCCCGCCCUCUCAGCCACUGCGCCCCUGGGCAGGGGGUGAUGUGCCGCACAAGACACAUCAGGCUCCUGCCUCUGCCUCAUCACUGCCAGGGGCCGGGGCCCAGUUACCCCCUCAACCCCGAUGCCUUGGCCGUCCCCCGUCACCAACCUCGCCACCACCCCUGGAGCUGAUGGACGUGAGCCUGGUGGGCGGCCCUCCGGACUGCUCCCAGCCUCACCCAGCGCCUGCCCCCCAGCACCCGGCUGCCUCAGCCCUCCGGACUCGGAUGACAGGAGGUCGUCCACCCCUCCCACCCGCUGAUGACCCUGCCACUCUGGGGCCGCACUUGGGCCUCUGUGGUAUACCCCAGAGCACGGCAGCCAGCUCAUGACCCUGCCCCCUCCCUGGGGCCCCUCCUGAAGCCAUACCCCCCCACCCACCCAAUCUGGGGGCCCUGGGCUCCCAUCCUCAUCUCUCCCCUUGACUGGAAUUGCUGCUACCCAGCCGGGGUGGGUGAGGCCUGCACUGAUUGGGGCCUGGGGCAGGGGUUCAAGGAGAGGGGUUUAGGCUCACCUCCCCACUAAGGACUGGACCCUUGGUCCCUUCUCUCCCCUUGUUUUCUAUUUAUUGUACCAAAGACAGUGGUGGUCCAGUGCGGGGAGGGGGAGAUUCCCUCUCACCCCAGGGCCCUAGGAGGGGGUGGGGGCAGGUAGGGGGAGAUGGCCUUGCUCCUCCUUGCUGUACCCCCCAGUAAAGAGCUUUCUCACA